AUGCCUGAUGACCUGCCUCUAGAUCGUGAGGGGCCUCUCAAAGGCGCAAUUGCUGGGUAUGCUGAGCAUGUGCUCGUAUGUACUGGAAAUGCAGACUGGCCGUCGAGAAUAGAGGACGACAAUGACGGUGAUUGUCUCGCUGCGGAUCUCAAGGAGUUGUUUGGUCGAGGUGGAACUUAUAGUGAUGUCGGUAUCUCCUUUGCGCCACAUGUGAACUAUCUUGCUAAUUCCUUCCAGCCAUUUCAUAAUGUUUCUGUUCUUAACUCUUCGUUUCCUAGCUCUACAUCACCACGGCCUCAACUCCAGACAACGUCUGCCUAUCUACUACCGAGCUUCAAAUACAUCCCGUUCCUCCCCCGGGUGUCAUUCGACAGCGUAGAAGCUCUAGCCAAGGGGUUUUUGCUCCCUGAGAAGCUUCACCGCAUGCAUGACGGUCUCUCGCCUAUACAUCGAGACCGUCUGACCCGCAAAGAGGGUUAUCAGGGACUUCUCCCUGGAGUCCAAGAUGUGCGCGAUGUUUUGGUGCUGAUAUGUGGACACACUGGGCGUGAUGCACGAUGCGGCAUCAUGGCGCCUGUCCUAGCAACCGAGUUUGAGGAGAAGCUGGAGAAAGAGGGGUUUGAUGUUCAGCAUGGGCCUGUGCAGAUUAAUCUUAAUGAAACGCAGAGAAUACAAGGCGAGGCUGGUGAGGAAAAGACGUCUGCCAGGAUUGGUAUGAUCAGUCAUAUUGGAGGGCACAAGUUUGCGGGCAAUGUUAUCAUCUAUCUACCUCCUGACCUAAAGAUGGGCAGCGAGCUGCAUCCGUUGGCUGGGCAUGGGAUAUGGUAUGGACGAGUAGAUCCCAAGAACGUGGAAGGUAUCGUGAAAGAGACCAUUGUGAAGGGAAAUGUGGUUGCGGAUAUGUUUAGAGGAGGAAUCGAUGCUCAGCGAAAGAUGCUGAGGAUAUGA